UGUUUCGCCUUCCUGGUUUCUUCAAGCUCCUCGAUGGAAGACGGGGAAAGACGGCCUAGGGUUUCUUCUCUGAGGACAGAGGGCAGGUACACAUGAAACGAGGUCGAGGCUUCGCGAAAGAAUAGGGGUAUUCAAAUCAGAGGCAAUCCGAGGGUAUAAAGAAGGAAGAGAACACGGGCUUGAAGGGGUGUUUAUCAGAAAAGAAGAAGAGGGAUAGAAAGGAAAAAGAACGAGAGAGAGAGAGAGAGAACUAGAGAACUAGAGGAGUCGAGCAGUGAAAAAGAAAGAGAGCAGUUCAUCAGUAGCUGAAGGAAAACAGAGAGGGACGAGGAGGGCGUUAAGAAAAGGAAAAGGGAAGAGCUCGAAAUUGAAAGAAAACAAGGUGAUAGAAUAGUGGCUGAAGCGAAGAGAUAGCAGAAGAGGAGUCAACCACCGAAGGAGGAAGUUGGUACUGGUGUUCACAUACUGUUACUGGCUUCUGUCUUGUCUAGAGUGUAAAGACGCAAAGAGUAUGGAAGGGGACUUAAAGAGAUAUUGAUCCGAUUGAGUCCAGUUCAGUCUGAAUCUAUCUUGAAAUACCAAAAGCAAAAAGGGCAAAGCAAAACUUAAGCGGCAUCGUUCUUACACUCACCGGAAAAUUCUCUGGCUGUAAUUGGUAUUAUGGUGGAAGGAGAAGACUAUUGUGGCCUUUCUUGAUCACAAAGCACAACAUCCUCUUCUCCAGCCUUGAAAUUGGAAAACUUUUGCACCUCUAUGAUGAAAACAAAACCCUGACUCCACAACAUGUCUUUCAUUGACGAAUUCGAAGCCAAUCUGGAAUCACUGCCCCAUAUUCUGCAGAAGAAAUAUGCGUUGCUACGUGAUCUAGAUAAAAGUUUACAAGAAAUUCAGAGACAAAACGAACAGCGGUGUGAACAAGAAAUAGAGGAUAUAAGAAAAGGUGUUAGGGCUGGAAAUAUUACACCAAAUACCUCAUUAAUUAGAUUUUCAGAUGAUGCACUUGACGAGCAAAAGCAUAGCAUCAGGAUUGCUGAUGAAAAAGUUGCAUUGGCUAUUCAGGCAUAUGAUUUGGUGGAUACACACAUACAACAACUUGAUCGAUAUUUGAAAAAAUCUGAUGAAGAGCUACGGCGUGGUACCAUACUCAGUUAUUACAUCUUCUUUGUCUUUGUCUAGUGCAUAUUUGGUUGGAAUUUUCC